GCUUAAGCCAUUUAAUUUAAUUAAUUUUUACUAUAAAGAAAAAAUUAGGACACCCCUUGUCCAGGGGAUUCCAGUGCAGUGCCCAAUCAAACUUUAAAAUACAAUAUAACAAAGCAACAUGAUAUUUUUCAAGCAAGAAUAAGAUUGAGAGGCAACAAAAACACAAAACUAUUGAAGUAGAACAGAGGUCAUACACUCUCUGGGCCAGUAACAAUUUUAUAACCUGAUGCCAGAAAGACUGUAGUGUAGUUGUUAUGUAUUUUAUAUGUGCUUUACUGAAGAAGAAGAAGAAGAAGAAGAAGAAGAAGAAGAAGAAGAGUUUGGAUUUGAUAUCCCGCCUUUCACUCCCCUUUAAGGAGUCUCAAAGCGGCUAACAUUCUCCUUUCCCUUCCUUCCCCACAACAAACACUCUGUGAGGUGAGUGGGGCUGAGAGACUUCAAAGAAGUGUGACUGGCCCAAGGUCACCCAGCAGCUGCAUGUGGAGGAGCGGAGACGCGAACCCGGUUCCCCAGGUUACGAGACUACCGCUCUUAACCACUACACCACACUGAAGUUCCUGAAACGUGGAAACCAGGAUUAAAAACCUCCCCCACCCAUCUCUUACUAGGAAAAUUAACAAAUUUACAGAGCUAUGUUAGUUCAUAAAAGAAAGGAGGAUACUGUAUUUUGCUCUCUUUUUGGAAAUGUACAGUAUGAAAUGUGAAACAGGAAUCAAUAUAGGAUAAUAAGAAAAUGUCCUCAUUUUUUGUCAUGCUUGCUCAUGGAAAGAGGAAGUGAGCAAGAUUUUAUCCCCGGUUUCUGCACCUUGCUGCAGCUGAUCCCUUACCUGCAUGUAAGGUAAGGUUACCAGAUUUUUUCCCCAAAGAAUCCGGGGACACUUUUUUUUUUUGAAAAGAGAAAAAAAAGUAAUUUUUUAAAAGUUAUGUUUUUAUUUAAAAAAUAAGUAAUAUCUUCUCUUCUGUGAUUCCUCUGUUGCGCGGCCUUCCUCUGGGCCCUGGUCUGCUCUCUUGGAGUGCUAGCCACCAUGGAGGAAGCUUGCGUAGGUCCUGGACUUGACCACGUAUCCUUGCCCUCACAGUGCUCUUGUACCUUGUACCUCUCCUGCUCAGUGGCGGCGGUGGUGGCGGUAAGGUCGGGGCUCCCCUCUUUUUUCUCCUUCCUCUUUCUCUCUCCUCCUUCUCCUUCUCCUCUCCUCCUUCUCCCUACGUUGGCUCCGGGGUUUUCCCGGCCCCGGAGCACCACCGGGCAGUCAGCCAGGUGGCUGAAUGUUCUCACUCCUGGCUCAAUUUGGGUCACAGGGGGAGGGGGGGUCAGCGGUUCCCCCAGUUGACGCGCCGGGCGUCCCCAGUUCCCCGUUGGCAGUGGCAGUGGUGCGGCAGUCUCAGCAGCCCGGAGCCAGCUUGGUAGCACAGUUGGCUCUGGCUGGCUUCAGGAGCUGCUCGCUGCUGUGGAGCCCACCAUUUUGCCUUGCCGGAAGUCUCGAUAUAAUGUGUCUUGUGCCGGUGAACCAAUCAUGCAACAUUCAUUCCCUACUAAUAAAUCUACAACACUUAAAAUAUAAAUCCGGGGAGAUUAAAUGAAAUCCAGGGACAUUCCGGGGACGGAUUUUGUCUGGGGGCAGGUUUGUAAAUCCAGGGACUGUCCCCGGGGACAUCUGGUAACCAUAGAAAAUGUUGUGGGUUGGUUUGUUUUUGCACUUUAGUACACUGCAGGUAUUUUCAGGGCCACAGAGAUGCCUUACAUUCCCUUCUGACAUAAUAAACCCAAUGUUAUCGGGCCACCCUACUCAGUAGCGUGAGUUUUCAUACAAGAGUAGGUAGAGAAUUUCCAAAAUGAAGGUUCUGCGUUAUAAUUUUUUAAAAAUAACAUUAAUUUUACUUUACAGGAAAUCAGAAUUCAUGUGUCGUUUAAAUAAAAGAGGAAGAAAAUACCUCUAAAACAGGCAAAAGGACCUUGAAAGUAGAAACACACCAGUCUCUGUAGGCAAAUGCUUUUGUGUGCUGGCUGGCAAAAAUGGAAUUCUGGGUCAGAGACAACUUUAUUUCAAGUCAUUGUAAAAGGUUUCAAAAUGGAGUCAGCCACCGCUUACAUGGGCCUGGCAACUCAAGGCAAACAUGCAUCCCACUGCGGUAGGUAUCAGGUAGAGAGACUUGGCUUUGUCUCCUGUGGUUUAAAUUAGGAUAAAGUGUUGUCGCUGUUGCUGUUUUUAUCACACUACAUGUGUUAAUUGGUGUGCUAUUGCUGGAAUGUCUGUGUUAUCCACCAACAACUUUUUUUGUGAACAGCCACUGUUCUUAAUUAUCAUUUUCUGUACUUUCUGCAUUUAAUUACCCUCUGACAUCCCACCCUCUGCUUACAUAUGCAUACAACAGCUGGAAUUCAGGAUAACACAUGGUGCAUCUGUUGAAAAGGACUGUAGCCCCUGAAAGCUUUUGCUGUAAUUUCUUAGUCUUUCAGAUGCCACAAGACCCAUUGCAUUUGCUGCAACUGGCUAACACAUUACCCUCUGAAAAAUAUCAUUAUAUGUAAAUGGAGAGAAAGUGGAACUAGCUGACAGAUUUGAGAACUGCCUUUUCUUUCUUUUUUUAACAAAGAACAAUCAGCGAAAGCCACAACCACUUCCCUGGUGAGAAGGGCCAAAGAACUGCUGACAUGCCUUGAAAGAAGCAGUAAAAGAACAGGUUUGUUAAAAGCCAACAGCAAAGGAAAGAGGGGGGAAAGCAGUCUACAGUAAAGGAACACCUCUGCCCAUCAACAGGAGUAGUAUUUGCAAUGGUGGGGCAAAGUAGAUUCCAAGACGCAGACAGAAUUCACCACACCUCAGGGCAAGGCCAGAUCAAGGGAGAAGGUACAGGUAACUCACAACUUAUGCACAUUUAAGUUGUGUGAUUCUUAACUUUACUUGAUGGACGGCUCACCAGUUGAAAUUGCACAAAUUAAACACACGCAAAAUCCUGCGCAAAAAGAGUUUUUAAGCUCUCUCCCUUGCUUACUGGGUUCUCACAAGAUCUUAUUCCCUGCCAGUAUUAUUUUGCUACAUGAAGAAUGUCUGAGUCUAAUAAAAUUAUUGUUCUCCUGGCUUUGAUGCCAGCCGCCCGUCUUCUACUGAAGGCCAGAGAGCUCUUGUCACACUUUACUAACCUAAUAAGGUGAAGCUAGAGGCCCAUGAUGGGUGUAAAAAGACAGAAAUGUGUCUUCUUUUCACUAAUUGGGGGUGCAGGAAUAAUUAGCAAACUGUCAGGGCUUCAGACUAGUUGGUCUUCUUGCUCUUUUGAUGCCUGGCAAUAUUAGAAUCGUUUUGCAAAGAAUGAAAGCUUCUUAUAUGAGGAAAGAAACAAAUGUCUUAUAUUUUCAAUAAAAAGCAUAAAAUAAAGUAAGAAGCAGGAAGAAACAGGGAGACAUUGGGGCUACAAUCUCACAGGAGGGUAAGCAAGGCAGAGAGCUGGGUGAUGCUUAAAAUCUCUCUGCCAUGCUCCAGAAGGUAAGGACGGUCACGUAGGGAUGUUCCAAUCGCUUAUUCUGACUACACAGUGGUACCUCGG